AUCGGGGUCAAUUGCGUGCAAACUCAUUGAUUCUACGAGCAACGGUGAGUGCAUAUGCUACCGUGAUCUCCCAAUUCAUUUUGGAUAAUUCUAUUUGCGCGAUUGACUGCAUAGCAUCGGUCAUUCGCCGGGACACCUUGCCUCGGAAUGGCGUCGCGUGUCCUACUAAGAGCCGCCAGCGCAAGCGCAAGAUGUCAGAGAAGAGGUCUCGCGACUGCUGUCAACUCCCAUUACCCAUCGGCGCGCGACAUCGAACUUCGAACACCUCCGUAUGCAAAGCUACUCAAGAAUUUCGCCAAAGUGAGACGCGUCUUAGGCGGCAACCGUGCUCUCACUCUUGCCGAGAAGAUCCUCUAUUCACACUUGGAAAACGCCGAAGAGUCGCUGCUCACGAACACAGACAAUGGCAAGAAUAUACGCGGACAGGCAAAUCUCAAGCUUAAGCCCGAUAGGGUCGCCAUGCAAGAUGCGUCAGCUCAGAUGGCGCUGCUGCAAUUCAUGUCCUGUGGUCUGCCAAGUACAGCGAUACCAGCGAGUAUACAUUGCGAUCACAUGAUUGUAGGAGAGAAGGGCGCGAAUGCCGAUUUGCCAGUGAGCAUACAGGGUAACAAGGAAGUUUUUGACUUUCUGGAGUCGGCUGCGAAGAAGUAUGGCAUUGAAUUCUGGCCACCAGGUGCUGGAAUUAUUCACCAGACUGUCUUGGAAAAUUACUCAGCCCCUGGACUUAUGAUGCUUGGUACAGACAGUCAUACUCCAAACGCCGGUGGUUUGGGCGCCAUUGCGAUUGGAGUUGGAGGUGCGGAUGCUGUGGAUGCUUUGGUAGACGCCCCUUGGGAGCUUAAGGCACCAAAGAUUUUGGGUGUCAAACUUACCGGCGAACUUAGCGGCUGGGCUUCCCCCAAAGACGUUAUUUUGACUUUGGCAGGUAAGCUGACUGUUCGUGGCGGCACAGGCUACAUCAUCGAAUAUUUCGGUGAGGGCGUCGAGUCACUCAGUUGCACGGGCAUGGCGACGAUAUGCAAUAUGGGAGCCGAAGUUGGUGCUACAACUUCACUGUUCCCUUUCUCCAAGGGACACAUUCCAUAUCUUGAGGCAACACAUCGUAGCUCUAUUGCAAAGAAAGCCGCAGAGAUUGCAGCUCUCCCUGAGUCGCAAAACAUGUUACGGCCUGAUUCAGGUGCCAUGUACGAUCAAGUACUCGAGAUCAAUCUUUCUGAACUUGAACCCCACAUCAAUGGCCCAUUCACACCGGAUUUGAGCGUUCCACUUUCAAAAUUCGCAGAGACUGUUAAGGAGAAGCAGUGGCCAGAAGUACUCUCAUCUGGACUUAUUGGGAGCUGCACGAACAGCUCUUAUGCGGACAUGACACGAGCUGAGGAUUUGGUAAAGCAAGCUUCUGCAGCCGGUUUGAAACCGAAGGCGGACUUCUUCAUCACACCCGGCAGUGAACAAAUUCGUGCUACCCUCGAACGGGACGACACUCUAUCCACCUUCGAAUCGGCAGGUGGAGUAGUGCUUGCUAAUGCCUGUGGCCCUUGCAUCGGACAGUGGAAACGAACGGAUGGAAUUAAAAAAGGCGAAGAAAAUGCUAUUUUUACAAGCUACAAUCGUAACUUCCCUGCUCGGAACGAUGGCAACCGCGCAACUAUGAAUUUUCUUGCUUCACCCGAGCUAGUCACGGCGCUGAGCUAUGCAGGCUCAACAACUUUCAACCCACUUACAGACACAAUACCCACGCCCAAUGGCACCCCGUUCAAAUUCAAGCCGCCUAAGGGCCGAGAUUUACCCAAAGCCGGCUUUGCCCAGGGCAAUCCUGACUUCCUCCCAACACCAGGCAUACCCAAUCCAUCCGUUUCUGUCAACAUAUCCCCAACUUCUGAUCGACUGGCUAUUCUUGAACCAUUCUCCCCAUUUCCGGACUCUGAGCUGAAGGGCUUGAGAGUUUUGUAUAAAGUGAAAGGCCAGUGUACGACGGAUACUAUCUCAGCAGCUGGCCCUUGGCUGAAAUACAAGGGACAUCUACCAAAUAUCGCCGAGAAUACACUUAUUGGUGCGGUAAAUAGUGAAACUGGUGAGACAAACGUGGCGUAUGAUAUAGACGGCAGUUCCUGCUCGAUACCAGAGCUGGCAAAAAGGUGGAAAUCACAGGGUUGUGAAUGGCUCGUUGUUGCUGAACACAACUACGGUGAGGGCUCAGCUCGCGAACAUGCCGCACUGCAACCUCGCUAUCUAGGCGGACGCAUUAUUCUCGCCAAAUCAUUCGCUCGUAUCCAUGAGACGAACCUCAAGAAACAGGGUGUCGUUCCUCUAACAUUCGCCAACGAGACAGAUUACGAUAAGCUAAAGGCCUGCGACGAAAUUGAGACAGUUGGCUUGCUUGACGUAUUACGGAGUGGUGGACAGGGUAAUGUUGAGCUGAUAGUGAGAAGAGCAGGAAAAGAAGUCGCACGGAUUGCCACCAAGCAUACACUAAGCAAAGAUCAAUGUGGAUUUGUGCUUGCGGGAAGCGCGUUGAAUUUGCUAGCCAGACGAGCAGCGGAAGAGAGAGAGGAGAUUGUCAGACAAGCCGAGUUGAGCGACUAGUUCUUUGCGAUACCUGCUUCUCUCUUAUCUCCAUGUCAUCGAGUAUAUCUGUACUACAGCUAGUACCGUACGGGCCACAGGCAGUCAGUCGUCACAGUUUUCAAAAGCAUUUUAUAGGCUUAAAAGAAAUCAUUUUGUAAGCUUCUGUUGAAAAAACCUAACCGAUCCUAUUUUAUAUUUUUGUUUUAA